AAUUACAGUUCCCAAGACAUCUUCAAUCAUUUUCCUCUCUUCUUUCCAUUCGAUCGUUAUCUUUUCUACUCUCCUCUUCCGAGUUCUUGGAUCUAGAUGGCGGAUAAUGAAGAAGAGAAGGAAACCGCUCCCAGAGGAAAUGAGUGGGAAGUUGUAUCACUCACUGCAUCAGCAUAUGCUGCUGCUCCUGGUCCCGAGCAUGUUGAUUCGAGCCAAGAUAGCCAAGGUAAAUUAGGUGGAGGCGAACACGGGGCUGAGACAUCAACCCCUAUGUUUAUGUCCGGCCACUUCGUUUUUCCUCCGAGUCAGCACGAGAAUUUGCCAGUCGAACCUGACUACAAUGAGAUAGAUGAUGAAAAGGAUGGUGAAGAUGGUGUUUCUGAGUUGGUUAAAGAGGAAAGGGUUACAUCGGAGUUGAAGGAUGAAGAAAACGCGACUAUCAAAGGAUUGAUUUCUGAUGAAUUUCCUGGAACUCAGAUUUCCGACGAGAAGGCUAACACGUUGUCUGUCAGUGGUGAGAACUUUGCGAAAGAUGUGUCCUUUGACAAAAUGCAGAAUAUUUACAGCACUUCCGAGUUUAGUUCGUUGCAUAGUGAAACAGCAAUAGGCAACUCUAAUAAUACCGAGGAGAGUGGUGACUCGGUUGAACCUCUUGAAAGUGCAUUGGAUUCAGACUUGCAGAAUUUCGAGAAGCCGGUUGAGGGAGACAAAUAUGAUGGUGUUGACCUUCCCUGUGAAGCUUGGUGGAAAAGACGGGCCAUUUCUGUAUAUGAACACGCCAAGGAGGCGAAUACGUUUUGGUCUAUUUUCAUUGCGGCAACUGUUAUGGGACUUGUAAUUAUCGGUCACAGGUGGCAGCAAGGGAGGUGGCAGAUUUUGCACCUCAAGUCGCAGUUUGGUAUUAACGACGAGAGGAUGGGCCGGGUGCUGGGUCCGAUAUAUAGGUUUAAAGACGUGAUUGUAGGUGGCAACCGACGAGGUUCGCUUAUCAGAGGGAGCACCUCUGCAGAACGCUAAAGAUGAUGACGAAAAGUUUCCAAAUCGGGGCAAGAGUUUCGAAUUUGAUUAUGGUGGUGUUAAAAGUAAUUUGAAAACUGAGUUAAGUAAUCACAUUGUUCUUACUAUGCUGUAAUAUUUUUCGAAUAUAAUGCGUGGUCUUUGCUUCUGUGGGGCUCCGUUUCUAAGCAAUUGGUUGGAUGUUUGCAUGUAUUAUUAACUUAGGAAACAUGAUGUUGCCUAAUUCAUGUUCUCUAGAGGCAUCUUUUCAUAUAUUGUUACAUAAAACGAAAUCAUUCUUCAAGUUUCUAUUCGCUUCGAUUA